AAGUGAAUGGUAGAUAUUGUGCUGGUUACUGUACAAGUGGGUCGAUGAACUAUGGCUCUGUACAGGUGUCUUAUUCCUGCUGUGACACUGACCUUUGUAAUGUACCAGAUGCUCCAGAUCCCAGCACUAACACUCCCAAUGGAAAGAAAUGUUAUUAUUGUGUUGGUCAGAACUGCUCAAACACAGUGAAUUGUUCAGGGAGUGAAGACCACUGCAUUUCAAUGACAGUGAAUUCCAAUGAAUCACAGCUUCUAAAAGGCUGUGUCUCUAAAUCUAUUUGUGAUUAUGCCAACAUAUCUUUUAGUAGUGUUUAUGGCAUCUCAUGUUGUGAGGGGAACUUGUGUAAUGACGUUUAUGAUGUCACCCAGAACAUCUCCCAGAACUAUAUCCAGAACAUCAUCCAGAACGGUAUACAGAACAUCAUCCAAAACAUCAUCCAGAACGUCAUCCAGAACUUCACCCAGAACAUCAUCCAGAGCGUCACUCAAAAUGUCCCACAGAGCGUCACUCAAAAUGUUUCCCAGAGCGUCACUCAAAAAGCUCCCCAGAGCGUCACUCAAAAUGUCUCCCAGAGCAUCACUCAAAACGCUACCCAGAGCGUCACUCAAAAUGUCUCCCAGAGCGUCACUCAAAACGCCACCCAGAGCGUCACUUCAAAGCUCCCUCAGAGCGUCACACAGAGCAUCACUCAAAAUGUCACUCAGACUGUCACUCAGAGCGUCCCCCAGAAUGUCACUCAAAACAUCACUCAAAACUUCACUCAGGGCGUCACUCAGAGCGUCACUCAGAAAAUGAACUGGUAG